CCCGGCUCUCUCGAGGGCUGGGGCAUCCUUCUCUCCCCCACCUGCAAGGCCCCGCGGAAAGACCGCGAUCUUCUCCCUAGUAACACCCUCCCCUAGUGGGCCAGGGGGUGGCGGCAUCCCCCCACCUACACAUCGCUUCCCCCACCCCCACAGGGCGGAAGCAUCGACGUCGCUCCGCUGUCUCAGGUGGCCAGACGGCCUCCCUUUUCCUCAGCCGGGUGAGGGGCAACUCUCGCCCGCCGACAUGUACGUGGGGGGCAGGGACACUCCCCCGUCCCGCCGCCAUCACCUCAGGGACGAGAACGAGCCCUUCUCUCAGUAGGGCGAGGGCUUCCCAACCCUUCAACGGGGCGGACGGGUGUGCAACCCCCUGGAGAAGCAACAGGCGUCCCCAUCCCCCUCCCGGCCGGGGACCGCCGACCCCCUCGUCCCUCCCGCUCUUCACCUCUGGAAGCUGGGCCGAAGCCUGUGCGAACAACUGGGCCUCACUCCGCCCCCAGCGCCAUUUUAUCGCCCCCUCCCCGACCUCCCCCACCCCGAGGCAACCGGGCCAACGCCAGGGGGAGGGCAAACAGGCAGUGAUUGGCAGGAAACCGCCCCGCCUCUCAGAGGGUUGCGCCCCGCGCAGGCGCCGCAGCCCCGCCCGCCGCAGCCCCGCCCUUCGCACCACCAACCCCGCCUACUGGCUCCACCCCUCCUCGUCUCAUCGACCCCUUCGACUCUCCGCUGCUCCUGACUCUUUCCCGGCCACUGCCUGGCGGAGAAGGGCCCAGGCCGAGCAAGCCGAGCGACGAGCUCAGCUGAUGCAACCUAACCGGACCCGCGUGACACUUCCCGGCACGCGGCGGCGGCGGCGGCGGCGGCGGCGGCGGCGACCGAGGAAGGGGCGCGAGUGCCGGGCCGAACGCGGGAGACAGAGGUGACGGAGCCAUGGGAGACGCUCCGAGCCCUGAAGAGAAGCUGCACCUUAUCACCCGGAACCUGCAGGAGGUUCUGGGGGAAGAGAAGCUGAAGGAGAUACUGAAGGAGCGGGAACUUAAAGUUUACUGGGGAACAGCAACCACAGGCAAGCCUCAUGUGGCUUACUUCGUGCCUAUGUCUAAGAUUGCAGACUUCCUGAAAGCAGGAUGUGAGGUAACGAUUCUGUUCGCGGACCUUCAUGCAUAUCUGGAUAACAUGAAAGCCCCCUGGGAACUUCUAGAACUUCGAGCCAGCUACUAUGAGAAUGUGAUCAAGGCAAUGCUGGAGAGUAUUGGUGUGCCCUUGGAGAAGCUCAAGUUCAUCAAAGGCACUGAUUACCAGCUCAGCAAAGAGUACACGCUAGAUGUGUACAGACUCUCCUCCCUGGUCACACAGCACGAUGCCAAGAAAGCUGGAGCUGAGGUGGUAAAGCAAGUGGAGCACCCUUUGCUGAGUGGUCUGCUGUACCCCGGACUACAGGCCUUGGAUGAAGAAUAUUUGAAAGUAGAUGCCCAGUUCGGAGGCAUUGAUCAGAGAAAGAUCUUCACCUUUGCAGAGAAGUACCUCCCUGCACUUGGCUACUCAAAACGGGUCCAUCUGAUGAAUCCUAUGGUUCCAGGAUUAACUGGUAGCAAAAUGAGCUCUUCAGAAGAGGAUUCCAAGAUUGAUCUCCUUGAUCGGAAGGAAGAUGUGAAGAAAAAACUGAAGAAGGCCUUCUGUGAGCCAGGGAAUGUGGAGAACAAUGGGGUUCUGUCCUUCAUCAAGCACGUCCUCUUUCCUCUCAAGUCUGAGUUUGUGAUCCUUCGAGAUGAGAAAUGGGGUGGAAACAAAACCUACACAGCUUACUUGGACCUGGAAAAGGACUUUGCUGAUGAGGUCCUACACCCUGGAGACCUAAAGAAUUCUGUUGAAGUCGCCCUGAACAAGUUGCUGGAUCCCAUCCGGGAAAAGUUUAAUACCCCUGCGCUGAAGAAACUGGCCAGCUCUGCCUACCCAGAUCCCUCGAAGCAGAAGCCAACUGCUAAAGGCCUUGCGAAGAAUUCAGAACCAGAGGAGGUCAUCCCAUCCCGGCUGGAUAUCCGUGUGGGGAAAGUCAUUAGUGUGGACAAGCACCCAGAUGCAGACAGCCUGUAUGUGGAGAAGAUUGAUGUGGGGGAAGCUGAGGCACGGACUGUGGUGAGCGGCCUGGUGCAGUUUGUGCCCAAGGAGGAACUGCAGGACCGGCUGGUGGUGGUGCUGUGCAACCUGAAACCCCAGAAGAUGAGAGGAGUCGAGUCUCAAGGCAUGCUUCUGUGUGCUUCUAUAGAAGGAGGGAGCCGCAAGGUUGAGCCUCUGGACCCUCCUGCAGGCUCUGCUCCUGGUGAGCGAGUGUUUGUGAAGGGCUUUGAGAAGGGCCAACCCGAUGAAGAGCUCAAGCCCAAGAAGAAAGUCUUUGAGAAGCUGCAGGCUGACUUUAAAAUUUCUGAGGAGUGCAUCGCACAGUGGAAGCAAACCAACUUCAUGACCAAGCUGGGUUAUGUCUCCUGUAAAUCGCUGAGAGGAGGGAUCAUUAGCUAGCCAACCCAGCAUCGUCCUCCCUUCUCCCAUCAUCCCAAGUCAUCUGCUGUCUCCCCAACGUGCUCCUCCGUCACCCAUUUGCCCAUUUCCCAGGACACUGAAGCAGGAAAUUUGGGACUUUAUUAGGUGCAGAACUUGGUAAGGGGCAGCUAGCUCAUUCUUCCCCGAAUCCCGGAUCAUCCUGCCUGGCUGCAGUGCGGGGCUGACCUCCCAGGUAGUAACAGGGGCAGGGCAGCAGCAGGGAGUCCAGCUCUACCUUCUUCCCUUGGCAGCUGACUUGAGAAAUCUGGUUUCAAUAUAACUCAAAAAAAGUUUGUACCACAAUCCUUCUAAUUUGAAAAAUAUUCGUUCCCAAGUUUUCCUCGAGUUAUCCCAGCAGCUGUGCCUCUGGCUGUGAUCUGGUGCCUGAACUGGGCUAAUUACAGCUUCUCCCCAAACAGGAAAUUGUGGGAUUUGAGAAGGGAAAACAGAGAACCUAGUGGUCUACCAAGUGGUUGGCCGCUUUUCCCAGUGCCUGCCAACCCUGAGGCUUGGCACUGGGGGGCAAGGCCUGCCCCCAGAGCUCCUGGAAUUUUCCUUGAUCCUGCUAGGUUGGGACACUCCCUAAACCAGCCGUGUGUUGUUAACAUCAGAAGUGGGGUGGAUGGCACAGCCUGGUUCUUUCUUCAGAGAGGGUGGGGUACUUCUCCAUAAGGCAUCUCCAUCAGAAUCACUAACCAUCACUGUCAUGAAUUCAAAUAAAAUGUCUGAACAAGGG